ACUUAAGAAAUGCAUAAAAGAGCAGCAUGCAGAGGUGCGUGAAAGACCUUGAUCCACCCAGGAUGUAAUAAAGUGUUUCUGAUUUAUCACUACCUGCAGCGCCAUGUAAAGCUGACCCAUACAGAAGAAAGAACAUCUUUACAGAUCAGGAGGAAGCGGUCACAACUUCGGAAAGAAAAACCACAUUUGAUCAAUAAUGUUGAAGCAUUUUGAUCUCUAUCGUAUGACCAAGCAUCUAGAGAGAGAGAAACUGAACAUUUUGAAACAGAUGGACCUCUUGAAAGAGAUUAUGCAUAACCCUAUCCAGGAAGACAAUGACUCAUACCUGGUGGGUAAUCAGUGUGAUGACAAUCAGGACAUUGAUGAGGAUAGCAAUGAUGGCGUUUCUGAUGAGAAGGACAAUUACCGUUUUGUUCCCAACCCUGACCAGAUCGAUGCCGAUGGUAACAGCAGAGGAGACAACUGCAAGAGUGACUUUGACAACAACAUCCCAGAUAUCUAUGACAUGUGCCCCGAGAACAGCUCCAUCAGUGAGACUGACCUGAGGAAGUUCCACGGGAUGAUGCAGAUCGUUCCUAACUGGGUAGUGCGCAACAAGGGCAGGGAGUUACUGCAGACUGCCAACUCUGACCCUAGCCUUGCUGUCGGAUUUGAGUUCAAUGCCAUCAACUUCAGUGGCACCUUCUACGCCACUACAGACCACAAUCUACGAUGGCUUUGUCUCUGGCUUCCAGUACAGCAGCCGCUUUUAUAUGGUGAUGUGGAAGAAGGCCACCCAAACCUACUGGGUGGGGAAGCUAUUCAAACCCAUGGAUACGCUAGCAUCUAG